AUGUGUGAUUGCGAAGAAGAGCAUCAUAUUCAUCUUGCACGGCAAGUUACCAAUGAGAGGAAUCAAGAGCCGGCAUGGGUAUUGGAUAAAGUGGGCACAAGAUUGGGCUCUGGUGCUAGGCUUUCAGCUUCAUACAUUGGCUCAGCAAUAGGUGGCACCGUGUUGGGCUCGAGUGGUGUUGAUAGUUGGCUUGGCGUAGGUAGUGCCGGAAAUGGGCGGAAGGCAGCAGAUUCUGUAUAG